CGGCCGCGGCUCCCCCGGCCCGGCCCGGCUCCGCCGCCCUCCCGCGGCCGCGGCUCCCCCGGCCGGCUCCGCCCCGCCGCCCUCCCCAGGGCAGCUGCCGGCCGGCCGCGGGCGAUGGAGGCGGUGGUGGCCGCGGCGGGGCUCCUGCUGGCCCUCUCCCUGCUGGCCUUCGGCCUGUACUGCUGCUACGUGCGGUACAUCCACGCGAAGUACGACCACAUCCCCGGCGCCCCGCGGGAGAGCUUUUUAUUUGGACAUCUGCCGAUCUUGUGGGGAAUGCUGAGGAAACAGGAGUUUAUGCAUGAUCUCUUCCUGCAGUGGGCAGAGAAAUAUGGACCUAUUGUACGGCUUAAUGCCUUUCACAGAGUCACAGUAAUGAUUCUGAGUCCCGAAGGAGUGAAGGAGUUCUUGAUGUCACCACAGUACCCAAAGGAUCGGCUGGUGUAUGGUCGUAUCUUCAGUUUAUUUGGUGAGAGAUUUCUCGGGAAUGGCUUGGUAACCGUUUGCGACCAUGAUCAUUGGCACAAGCAGCGGAAGAUAAUGGAUCCAGCUUUCAGCCGAAGCUACCUGAUUGGUCUGAUGGAAACUUUUAAUGAAAAAGCAGAGGAACUGAUGGAGAAGCUAGAGGAAAAGGCAGAUGGAAAAAAAGAGUUUAGCAUGCUGACGAUGAUGAACCGAGUGACUAUGGAUAUCAUUGCAAAGGUAGCCUUUGGCUUGGAAUUAAAUGCACUGAGCGAUGACCAGACGCCUUUCCCGCAUGCUGUGACCAUGGUUUUGGAGGGAAUGACCAAGGCACGCAUCCCUUUCGUGCAGUACAUGCCAGGGCAACAGAAGCUGGUAAAGGAGGUCAAGGAGAGCGUGAGGCUGCUGCGGCGUGUGGGGAAGGAGUGUAUUGACCAGAGGAGAGAGGCCAUCCAGAACGGGAAGGAAGCCACACUGGAUAUUCUUACACAGAUACUGAAAGGAGAUGCUCUGGAGGAAACCAGAGAUGAUGAAAACAUUCUGGAUAACUUUAUCACUUUCUUUGUUGCAGGUCAUGAAACCACUGCCAAUCAGUUGUCAUUUACAGUAAUGGCACUGGCUCAGCAUCCUGAAAUACUGGAAAGGCUUCAGGCUGAAGUAGAUGAAGUCCUUGGUGCCAAGAGAGACGUUGACUAUGAGGAUCUUGGCAAACUCACCUAUUUAUCACAGGUUUUGAAGGAAUCACUGCGGUUGUACCCGCCUGUCCCAGGGACAAUACGCUGGAUGGAGAAGGAGCACAUCAUUGACGGCAUCAGAAUUCCUGCAAACACAGUGCUUGUUUUCAGCACUUAUAUAAUGGGGAGGAUGGAAAGGUAUUUCAAGGAUCCACUCACUUUCAAUCCAGACCGAUUUAGCAAAGAUGCACCUAAGCCAUAUUACUGCUAUUUUCCAUUCUCUCUGGGACCCCGAUCUUGCAUUGGGCAGGUGUUUGCACAGAUGGAGGCAAAAGUGGUGAUGGCAAAAUUGCUGCAGAGGUUUGAAUUCCAGCUGGUACCAGGUCAGAGUUUUAAGCUCUUGGAUGCUGGAACCUUUAGGCCGCUAGAUGGAGUAAUGUGUAAACUGAAGCCAAGGGUCCUGACAGGAGGCUGCCAGGCGUGACUACUCAGGGAGGGAGCAUGACGUGGUAGUGAUAGAGUUUUCUUCUGAUUUUGAAGAUCUUCACACUAAUCAAAAGUUAGAAUCAAGGCAUUUGGUGCUGCCACUGUUACUUCUUACCUUUCUGAAUGAAAAGGGCAAGAACGCAGUCUGUAUGCUAUCAAGUUCCCGUGGUGGUUUCCACACCAGGAGGGUAACGUCCCAGAGCUUUCCCUGGCUCUGCUGCUGUUGUGCACAGUCUCAAUCAGUGCAACAGUGCAAUAGCAGGCCAAUAAGGCUGAUGGAGCUUUUGAUAACGUAAGCAAUGUUAUACAAUGUAUUAAUAUGACUUAUAUCCAGAGGUACCAAUACUGGUAUUGCUAGGGAAGGUUUAGUCCAUCUAUUUGUAGAUAAGCUCUUCAAUCCCUUGUGCUGGAGAUCUGCUAAUAUCCCCCUAGACAUUAAUAAAAUCUCAUUGGGAAAACUGA